UAGCAACUCUACUUAUCUUUGAAAUUAGUUUAAAAUAUGUGCACCUUUAGCAAAGUAGUGAACCAAUCAGACCCGCACAAUUCCUUUUCCCUUGUCCCAGAGAUCCACUGUCACCUCUUGGGGCAUUUUUUUCCCGGGUAUUUAUCACCAUAUUUUUAAGAGAGUAUAUAUUUUUUCUUUUUAAAUGAAUUAUCCAUUUAUCUAUCGUUCACAGCCAAAGAUCAAGUCAUCUGCUUUUUCUCGCUCUUUCUUCCAACGUGGCUAUUGCCCAAUUUUAGUUAAAGCAGUGGUAUAACAUUUACUUAUUAUCACUGCACUGAGCAAGUAGUGUUCUGUGGGCAUGUUUCUUUUCUUUACAACGGUCUUUUAUUUUACGCCGGUCGAUAGUGUUCUUUUUAGUGAUGUUGUUUGCCUGCUUCGUUAUCCCUCUUUCUAUUUCCAAGUCCUCCUAAGUGCUCCAAGAGAUUUUUCAGUCCCUCGAAAUUGUCCCAAUGUUUGGAGACAACACAUACUUAUCAACUCCCUUUUUAGUCUCCAUGGAUUGUUCUCCCAAGGUCUACCAGGAUGAGCAGAGCCUAAUCCCAGGGAAACUGGUAAAGAUGAUGAAUUCACACCUCAAAGUAGGUAACCACUCUCAGGUGAGGGAGCUGGGGUAUCGAUCCGAUAAUUGCCAUCAGUUGUUAAGUGAGAUCUGCUUCUGGAAGGUGUUGAUUGAUUACCUCCCUUUUGUCCUUACAGGUAAAAAGGCAGAGUACCUUUAAAUGAUUCCAGAAGAAGUCUGAGCAAAAAAGGAGGCAGAAGUGACCUUUGGAAUUUGUCCAGACUGUGCUGAAGUGCAGCGUCCUAGUGAUAUAGACGGGACAUCUGUAUACUGCAUUGUGCAGCGACUGCUUUCACGUCUGCAGAUUCGGUUUUGUUACUUGCUCUGGGUCUUGGAUCCGUGCUUUCUUCUCUGUUGCUUUUUUAUUUUCCUGGAGCCUAUCCUUUCGGAACUACCUGGGAAAUGAUGCAUAGGAAGUAAAAAUAGGCGUCCUAACAUAUUUGAAACCGUCUUUAGGUUGACGCUUGAUUGAGAAUUCAGCUGGGUAUAGAAAGCUAGGUUAAAAUAAUUUUCCCUCUCAUUUUGAAAGAAUUUCUCCAUUGUCAAAGAGGAAAAAGAAUUUCCUCAUUGUCCUAUUAACUCCAGUACAGCUACUGAGAAGUCAGAGCGUAUCUUACCUUCUGACCUGAUGUUUCCCCCUACCCUGGAAACUUCUAGGAUACACUCCUUACCCACGAUGUUCUAAAAUAUCAUGCCAAGAACUUUGCUAAAUUUCAUUUUUUCAUGUAUUAUAUGCAGUUCUUGAUGAGCCCUUUCAAUCUAUAAACUCAUGUUCUUCUGUUCUGAGAAAUUUUCUCAUAUAACUUCUUUAAUAACGUUUCUUCAUUGUUUUCUCUUCACGGACAUAAAAUUAACCCAAUAUUGUUUCCCUUUGUUCAUUAGGUACCUUUGUUACGCAUUUUGUCUUCAUUCCUACCCUCAACGCUCCACAUAUUUUUCGAGAAAUUUCUUUGGCUUUACGUUCCAGGCCCUUUGUUGAAUAUUUCAAUUUCUUUUAAGACCAUUUCAUUAGAGCUUCCAAAAGAUUUUUAUUCUUUGUUCCAAAAAAUUGCAUCUUGUUCUUUCUACUAGAUUCGUUCUUGUCUCCAUGGAGCUAUUUGAAAUAGAGAGGCAUUCUCCUUACAGUGUGCGAACGAUCAUUGGUCAGUUUUUCUUUUUAUAAGAGCAAAGCCCAAAUCACCUAAUUGAAAGUUCUCUGGACAUGAACAACUUUUGCCGGCAUUAGGCUUACUUGCAGGGUUGAUGGUACAGUGAGGCAUUUAAAUUGCAGUUGUGGCAGAAACUGCUCCUUGGUUUCCUAAAUUAACCCCUCCCGCUUUUAUUUUAAGGAACAGAAUCACUUGCACCAUUUUAAAUGUCAGCAGGACACGUGACCCCUCAGCAAGAGCCUCCCCACGGCUGCAACUUCCCAGUCACUCCCCUGCUUGUUCUCUGCUUCCUCUUUCCUCAUGCAAAGGGCUGACAAGGUGCUUGGAGCCAACUUCCGCCUUGCUGAGGAGGACAGCACCCCAAGGCACGUGGAGACAACAAGCAGAAAGGGACAGUGGUCCCUGGUUGACCAUACUGGGCAGGGCUGCUGGCCAUCCUACAUGCUCUUAUACCUCUUUUUUCCAUGAAAGAAAAACCAAGUUCUACAUGAUUUGAACCACUAAGUUUUGGGGUGUCCUGUCAGCUGACAAGUAUGGGGUGGGAGUCUCCAGAUCCUAGUGAAUAUUAGUGCCUUCUCCCUCACCGUCUGGUUUCUCUAGAGAAAGAUGCUCUGGUCUUCUGCCUGCUUCUUUACAACUUGACUUUCUACCAUGCCAGGUGAGGAGAUUGUCGCCUCUAUACUCUCCCUGAAUUCCGAUUCCUCCCUCCGUUCCUGCGCCCAUUUCCACAAUCACAUUACUUGUGCCCCAUUAACAAUGAGAGACUUUGAUUCUUUCCUGAACUGAUUGUUCCCAACCCUAGAAGGUAGGACAUUUGCCCGUGUUUCCUUGUUUUAGGUGAAGUGUUUACCCUCCAUUAUGACUCAUUUGUCCUCACCUUUCUUGCAGAGGUUUGUCCACAGUGGUGCUGAGCAAUUACACCAUGAGUAAACACUGUAGCAAGUUACAUGAAACGUUCAUUUGGUGCUAGUUUAAUUUAGCCUCAGAAAAACAACCAGGAACCCCCUGCUAACACCUAUUCUCUGACUAGAAGAAUAUAAAUUAAAAUCAAGUGAUUUUUUUUUUUUUUCUGUUCUAGGUUUAAUAACCACAGGGAGAAAGACACUGGUAAGCUAGAGGCUCGGCUACAAAAAAUCUUAAGUAAGAGUUUUGCCGUUUUGCAUUGAUGGGAGCUAUAAGGGGUGGGGGGUAUGUUACUUUCUAGAAUUCUUGUGAGUCCAGGAGUGACUGUCCCCAGUUCUGUGUUUUUGUCAACGUUAGGCAAAUACUCAACAUUCUGAUCCUGAUAGUGAACGCAUUUGCAGACUUAAAGGUAUGAAUUCUUGUUAUUCAAAAUAUUUAAGAAAUUUAAAUACUCUGAAUGGAUUUGUGCAGUUUGGAAAGUUUUAUUUCUAAAAUGUCAUUUUUUUAUUUGAAACUUUAGAUGGUAUCUGGCUCAAUACCAGUGGAAGCUCGAAUAUUACAAGUUUUAAGUUAUAUUUACCUUUAUUGUAGGCCAAAAUGUGCAAGCAUCAAUGGGGCCAAUCACGAGGCAGACAUCACGUCAUAUUUUUUUUAAUGAAGCAUUAUUAGACUUCGAUAAAAGAUUAACUAUGGGAUAUAAAAGAAACUCCACAUGGUAAUCCCAGGGCUGGGAGAGGGUAGCAAGAGAAGAAUAAACUUCAAACAGGGUCCCUCCCAAGGCUGUAGCUGGAACCCACUAGAUGCCAGGGAAGUUCACGGGCGGCAUGGCAUGCACUAGAGCUGAUCUGCAGAAACCGACCCUCCAGAAUUCAGGCAGCGCAUUAAGUGACCUGCAGGUGAUGGCUGCAACAUGGACCUGGGCUGCUGAAGGGGCACCAGAGCACUGGGUGACUGUGACGUGAACGGCGCGUGGUGGCCAGGCACACGGGUGUGCUCGGCGAGCGGGAGCCCAGCCCCACGGCAAUCCUGCAGGGCGGAGCUGGGAGGUGGGUCAGGUGUAUGGGCUUGCAGAUGGAAGCUGGCAUGGUAAGAGGCUUGAGAUAGCAUCCCUGUCGGGAGAACCACAGGAAGGUGAUGGCCGGGCCACCUAAGGGCUGCAAGGUUGACAUGGGACGGACUCUGUGUGAUGGGCACAAGCUUGGGGCAGAGUGCCGCUGCAGAACCUUCUUCUCACUGGGCUAACCUACCUGGAAACAGCAGGGAACAGGGGACAGUCCUUUCUUCCUUCAGUGUCCCUCUAGCACCCUCUGUUGAGAAAGUUCAACGUCACGAUCACCUUGAGAAACUCCAAGCGGUUCUGAUUCCGUACCUCCGAGCUGCGAUAAACAGUGACUGGAGAGCCCAAAGGCAACAUAGCGCUAACUGGCACAGCACGACAGCUGGAAGUUGCUAAAGUAAACAUGCAAAGUCAAAACCACGCAAGGAUUGCUCAGAGGUAGACCGUGGGACAGGAAGAGCCAGAAGAGUAGCAGCAGAUGUAUUACAAUUUAGAUUAGGAAAGUCAUUUUGUUUGAGUUCAUUUUCAGGCAAGGAAAAUACGAUGAUUAUAUAUUUGCUAUUGGUUGAGAAAAGAAACACAGUUCUGAAAAAGGACCUUAUUUGCUUUUAUUAAAACGUAUAAUUUGGGGGCGCCUCGGUGGCUCAGUCGGUUCAGUGUCUAAGUCUUGAUUUCUGCUCAGGUCAUGAUCUCAUGGUUUGUGGGUUCGAUCUCCACCUUGGGAUCUGUGCUGACAGCCCUGAGCCUGCUUGGGAUUCUCUCUCUCUCUCUCUCUCUUUCUCUCCCAGCCCCUUUCCUGCUUGCAUUUUUAUUCUUUGUCAAAAAUAAUUGAACUUCAGAUAUAUAUAGAACGUUAAUGGCAGAAACAGGUGGAGCGCUGCCUCAACACGGAUCUGACAAGAUCAAAGCGGCAGGAGAAUGGACAGUGAGGUGCAGAGAGACGGAAGGAUCUUGGAUUUGACUGACGAAUCUUGGUGAGAGGACACCGUGCAGGAAGAUGUUGCAAUACUGCUGAAUGGGCUUCCUGACCUGGAAGAGGACAAGGGUGGCACCACGGAAUCUGUUAAAAGAACCAGAAGUGACAUGGACUCACUGGCCUUAGAGUACCUCCGAGAGAAUGUUCCCCCUACGGGAAGAGCUGGCUCUGUUUUCGUGGACGGAUUUUUAAAAAUUACAAAGAUACGAAGUGUUUUCCUUCAGUCUCCUAAUGCAGAUCAUUAAGUGACGAAUCUGUACUCAGAAAAGGACACUCACUUAGUUUGUGGCAGCAAAGUGCAAAUGUGACAAUACUCACUGGAAUGAGAAACUGAUGGAGAUUUCUCAAGAAUGCAGAAUACUUAGUUAGCCCUUUGAGCUGGAGUUCUUUAUUCACUAGCUUGUGUUUGAAGGUGACUGAUUAUAAACAUUGACCUUUAAGUCUGAUUUUGCUUUACUGUCAGAGUUUAACAUUUCCCAACUUCUUAUAUGUGUCCUGUGACACAGGCGAUUGAAGAGAAAGAGGGAAGGACAAAGAAAGAGGAAGGCGGACAUGAGGGGAUUGUUAACUUCCCACGUGCCCCCCCUCUGAGAAGUAUUCUGAGUGGCUGUGUUUAGCGCCCGCAGGUACAAUGGGUGUUGAGAUAAUCCUUUCUCUGAUUCCUGGGAUUCCUAAUUGUCACACAUACAGGAAAGAACAGAUGAAAUGUUUCUGCCUUUUUUCCUUCCUGUCAUUGCCAUCAACCAACAAACAUGCAUUAUGGAUUACUCAUGGGGUUCAUUGAACAGUGGGACAAAGGCAUUCUGAUGAAAGAAAAUCACGGUGUCUGUUCCAAAGAGUUUCCUGCGGAAGCGCUGAGGUACUGUGUUCAAGCUACCAUUUGAUGUUCCUUGUCAUUUGGGUGUCCAGGCGAUGGUGGUCCUCCACCUGAUUUGCUGACUGGCUUCUCCAAUAAACAAAUUGCGUCAGACACACUUCAAAACUGGGACUGCCCUGAAGUACAGCAGCCAUCCUGGCUGUCAUAGAAUCAGCUCACUCUGUAUUACUUCUCAUGCUAGGGGCCCAAAGGACUGUUGUGUCUUUUGUGUCAGUAAGUAUCAACAUUUAUUUUUCUCGCCUGUGCUUUUGUUUUAUUUGGGAAUGUUCUCUCAGGAACUCACCGAAUUCUUUAUCUGAAAUGGCAAUCUUUGGUCAAAAUUGUCUUCACAAUUAUCAUCGCCUAAGCUAUUUGGAAGAAGUCGGUUAGGAAUGCACACGGAGAUACUUUUCUCAUGGCCUACUGUGAAGUUUGAACUCACAGCCCCGAGAUCAAGAGCUGCACGUUCUACCAACAUAGCCAGCCAGGUGCCCCUGAACACGUCCAUUUUUGAUGAACAAGUACCUAAAAAUAGAGCUGCUGGAUGGGUGCAUCUGUCCAGCAGUUUUCCACAGUGCUUGUACCGCAUGGUAGCCUCCCACCCUAUCCCUGCACAACGUGCAAGUUCUUUACAGUAUUGCUAUUUUUUGUUUGUUUGUUUAUGUAUGUAUGUAUGUAUGUACGUAUUUGCAAUACUCUGCUGGGUAUGAAAUGGUAUCACAUUGUGGUUUUCACUUGCACUUCCCUCCUGAUUACUGAGGUUGAACUACUUUUCCUGUAUUUGUCGACCAUUUGGAUAUCAUCUUAACGUGAAGUGCUAUGGCAAGUCUUUUAUCCAUGCUCCGUGGUCUACCUAGUUCUGAUAAUUUGUAAGAAUUUUUAACAUUAUCUGUAAAAAAAGUCUCUGGUGAGUUAGGUAUUGUAAAAUUCUGUAUUCCUGCUCUGGUAGCUUACCUUUUAUUUAAUGUUCAUAAGGCGCUUGAUAAGCAUAAUUUCCUACGUUUUUGUGGUUAUAGUUUUUCAAGUUUUUUUUUUUACUUUAAGUAGUGGUUUGCUUCUUUAAAAAAAUUUUUUUUUCAAUUUGAUUAUUGGGUUUUUUUUUUUUUUUGGUAUGUUUUGUGCGUCUUUUUGUAGUUUUAUUUUUUUGUUUUAUGGUGGGGGUUGUAUCCUGUUUAAAAAAUCUAUCCUGGUGGCCUUAGUCCCUCUCUUCAUCCCUUGCCUGGCAUCCCCAGCCCCUUUCUCUAUUGCCUGGUGGCUCAUGUGGCCAAGCCCACUAAGUGCACAGGCAAGGCAUGUGCUUAUCCACUCUGCUGUGCUCAGGUAGGCGUCCGAGGCAGAAUGCUCAAGGCCCUUGGGUCACUCUGUAUGCUUAGCUACUUGAUCUAGCCUGCUUGAACUAGUGUUCCAGCCAUAUGCCAAAAUCUUUUUCUAGAAUUUAGUUGUUUUGACCUCAACAAUCAUAACAUUCUUUGACAGGCUGCUGUGUGCCAGGUGCUGAGGGUACAGCAGGGAAUAGACGAACACACACUCCACAAAAGCUGAUAGUCCAGGGCAGAAGCCAGCUACUAAACAUUAAUCCUAUCAACAAAAUGUUCAAAUAACCACUGUAUUGUGAAGAGAGGGAGCGUCCUGUGUUAGGGAUGGAGCGGCAUGGCCUGGAAGGAAGGGCCAUUGGAAUCAUCAGCAUCCCCCGUACUGAAGGACAUUUUAUUUUCCAGAGAUUAUUCUUACCAUGUAAAAUGCUGUUUCAUAGUCCAGCGAUUCUCUUCCCUAACGUCUGCUUGUAUUCAAAAACGUUGUCAGAUUAUGGCUUUAGAAGCUUAACAAAACAUGGUAGUAAGUGGAAAGUAUGCCGUUGCCUUCUCUGAGGCCCAGCUUUUAAUUAUUUUGGUCCUGGUGAGGUAGCGGAACUGGAAGCAAGCCAAGUGGCGGGUCAGCCAGCCAGACCACUUAGCACCUGAAAAGUUCCCCAAGGCGAAAGCAAUAGAGAAUGACUUUAUAUAGACGGCAAGAGACGGACGACUAAGUGGGCAGGUAUCAGGACAAAGUUUAGUGGAAACUCGUGAAACACAACAGUUCAAUUCAACAGAAGAAGAGACAUUCUGAUGAGGAUGACGAUUAAUCGAUUUAAAAUCUUUAGCAGACUGGAACUUCGUGGAACAAUUUUAUGACAGACAAUACUUGGCAGGAGUUAAGGUUGGAGUAAGUAUUUUCUUUGGUUAUUGCCUGUAUGCCUUUUAAAAAUAAACUUGUGCCAAAAUAGAUAUAAAUAAAGGGGGAAAAAUAAAGAAAUGAUAUCUAUGUCUGCCUUAAGAUCACAACUGUAUUUGCCCAUAUUUUCUUUUAGGAGAUUUAUGGCUUUACUUUCACAGUUAUAUUCAUGACCACCCAAAAUUGUCACGGUGUGAAGUAAAGAACCAAGAUUCCUUUUUUCCCCAUGUACAUAUCCGAUUGACCUGGUGCCUUUUAUUGAAAGGACCUUCGUCUCCCCCAUUGCUCUGUAGUGUGUCAGUUUGUCAUAAAUCAAUUGAUCGUGCCUACUUGGGGCUUAUUACCUGACUCUCAAUUGUUAACCUUUAGUCCAUUUGGUUUCCUACACAAAUACCACACUAUCUUAUUUACUGAAGAUUCAUAACGGGUCUUGAUAUGUGGCCAUGUAGUUCUUUGGUUUUGCUCCUCUCCUCCCUUAUCCCCUUCAUCCCCCCUCCAUCUCUCUCCUCCCUCAUCUUAGAGAUUGCUCUUACAACUUUUGAUCCCUUACAUUCCACAUGAAUUGUAGAAUCAGCUUAUCAUUUGUUUAAAUCAAAAUGCUAUUGAUUUUCAUUAUGAUGCAAUGUAUCCAUAGGUCAGUUAAGAGGCGCUGACAUUUAUACAACGUGAUGAAGAAGGAGUUGUUCUGGGGUCUUCUCCACCCUGGUAGAGGCAGAAUGUUCCUAGGCAUACUCCCCUAAGUAAUAGAUUCAGGAUCCCGUACUUUAGAUGGAAAUUCUUUGACACUGUUGGUUUGCAACACUCCUGGUAGCUUCCCAGCUAUAAUGGGAAACUGACCCCUCUACGAGGAGGGCAGGGAGAGACAGAAGAGGCAGGCCCCUCCAGAUGGGUGGUUUUAAUAAGCAAAGGGAACUGACAUAUGAGUACUGUCCUGGGUGGCGGGAAGACAGAUGGAUCCCUGUACCUUCCCACCAAAUCUUUAGUUUAUAAAGAGGCCUAAACUGGUUUCAGUCGCAUAUACCAUGCAGGUGUUCUCAACACCACAUCACUAUUUCAAGGAUAUGUCCUUCAAGCAGCCUGGAGGAGUGAGAAAGGGAGAGAGGAACCCACAUUCCAAAGACAGGGGAGACGUGGGAGCCUUCGAGGGUACAGGUCCAGCUCAUAGGCAAACUGGUGGUCCCAUCGUUCCGAUGAUGUUCCCCAAAAGGUACAAUGGAAGGAGCUUAGGAUUUGAAUCCAAUCUGGGUUCAGAGUCUGACACGACCACUGAGGAGAAAGGUUUGUGGGAGAUUUACUGGGUCUUUCCCAGUUAGGUUCCUCAUCUGUUACAUGUAGCUAUAACACCUACGUCAUAUUUUUAUUUGAAGAAAUUAAAUGCAAUGAUUUAUGUAGACGUUGGAAUAUGAUAAGCAGAAGUGCUUUCUAAAAAAAUAAUCUUCUGUUAAACUAUUGAAAUCACCUCUUUUAUCUGACAUCCUCAGGGUUUAUUCUAGUUCCUCUUCAUAAAAUGAAGCAACUGUAUGGUGUGUUUAUCCACUUUCUUUUCUCUCCAGGGAAGGAAAUUGAAUUGUGUGCUGUCAUCAAUAUUACAGACGGAUGCACUUAUUUCUGAGUCACUUAUUUCUGAGGAAUGUUCCUCUUUAGUUUUGAGAGCUAAGCACUUUGGCUGUUGCAUGCUUCAUUUGCACUUACCUCAAUUCAGCUGGGUGGCGUAGGUCAUUUUCAGACAUUUCCCAGUGCUUAUGAUCCUCUGUGGAUGAAUAUCUGUGUAUCUUUAAAUGACAAAUAUACACAGCUGGUCCAAGAGGGGACACACGAAAUUCAGGUUGGUAACUUCUUCUGUGCCCUUGGCAGAGACUAAAAGAAAUAAGCUGAGUGAAAGACUGAGGCAGUGAUUAAUGGACCAGUCUUCACCCAGAUAGCUAUUAAUAAGCUAAGUCUGGCAAUGAACAAAUAUGCCUUCUAUCAUAUAGAAGUUAGUGCUUUAGUUAGAAAUACAAUGCUAGGCUGGAAGCUCCUUCACUCCGAUCCAGUGCCAUUGAGAAAGUCUUGAAUUUGUCGUGACCUUCUGUCCAUUUAUCACACUUGAUCCUCUCCCACUUAAUUUUCCAUGUGCGCUUUAUCUUUGCUGUAAACACCAUGCUGAGAAAUUUCCCUUGACUCUCCAAAUGGCGUAACCCCACAAUUGAUUAAACUUGGCAUCAUAGAUACUCAAGGAAACUUCAAUACUGAGGGAAUAAUUGCUGUUUUGACUAUAUUUUUGUCUUUUCACAAGGUAGACUUGCAAGCUUUUUCUAUUCCAAUUAGGCUCUGACGGGUGUAGAAAUAAAAUUGAACUACACGUCUUCUUUAUUCCUGCCUUUCUACCAGGAAUUCACACCAGUGCAUGAAGACAGGACACAGCAGGAAGAUGGCAUAGAGCAGCACUUCACCCUCACCCCUGAAGAAAUGGCCACACAUCCCGUACCAUUUUCCUCGUUUAUCUAGAAUUCUCCAAGAGAAAUGUUGUCUGUAUGUAGACAACAAGCCACCAAGUGCUCCCCACAACACUGAGAAAUUCUCGGGGUCACAUCUGUAAAUCCUCAUGGAAUCCGAGAGAACAUUCAUGUCAGGCUCAUAUCAUUCCCCCAAGACCUGGAGCUUUAUUGGAGCCCCAUCAGAUCCUGUCCAGUACCGGGUGUACUUAAUUCUGCCCCUCCCCUUUAGUGACUCAGACUUACUUUUGGUUCGGGCAUCAAUUUCCUACUGACUUAGAGCUUCACUUCAGCCUCAUUCAGGACAUCUGAGAACACUGGGUCGCAGUGCACGAUCUCUGAG